GAUAUACGUGCCUCGGUUAUCUCAAGUCACACAUGCUCACUCACACGGGAGAGAAACCGUUUACGUGCGAUAGUUGUGAAUACAGGUUUAGGACCUCCAGUAAUUUGAAGACACACAUGCGCACUCACUCGGGAGAAAAGCCGCACGCAUGCGAUAUAUGUGAACACAGAUUUACGACCCUCGGUUAUCUCAAGAUACACAUGCGCACUCACACGGGAGAGAAACCGUUUGCAUGCGAUAUAUGUGAAUACAAGUUUACGACCUCCAGUGAUCUCAAGAGACAUUUUCUCACUCACACGGGAGAGAAACCGUUUACGUGCGAUAGUUGUGAAUACAGGUUUAGGACCUCCAGUAAUCUCAAGGUACACAUGCGCACUCACACGGGAGAGAAACCGUUUGCGUGUGAGAGAUGUGAAUACAAGUGUACGACCUCCAGUGAUCUCAAGAGACAUUUUCUCACUCACACGGGAGAGAAACCGUUUACGUGCGAUAGUUGUGAAUACAGGUUUAGGACCUCCAGUAAUCUCAAGGUACACAUGCGCACUCACACGGGAGAGAAACCGUUUGCGUGUGAGAGAUGUGAAUACAAGUGUACGACCUCCAGUGAUCUCAAGACACACAUGCGCACUGGUCCUCUUGCGUUCGGCCCCAACGGCGACAGAUAUGGCAUCAAGUUGAAAAUAGAGCAAGAAAUUGAUGGCGUGAUGAAGACCGUCGGAGUAUACGACACACUGAACGACACGCUCACCUGGCUGUCAUCCGACCAACUGACGUUUAGAG